AUGGAGAAUUACGACCAACCCAUGCGCCGCCGAGACGACUCGGCGGGCUGCCCUCCCUUCGGGGAGUCCCCACGCCACCAGAGGCAGCGUCCGGCCUCACCUCGGACGCCAGCAAGACCUGCCCAGUUCCAGCGCCAGGCCUCCCCCCGGACGCCCGCAAGACCGGCCCCCCCUCAUACACCACGACGCCGCUUCCCCAACGGCCCUUCGCCUCGCCGCCCGACCUCUGCGGCCGCCGAGGCUCAGUCGCCGGCCCCACGGGAGCCCGGCGAGCGGACCCCAAACCGACAGGGCCACAGCACCCGGGACGUGGCAACGUGGACGUCGCAAGACGGCGUGGACCCGCCGGCGGCCUACGUAUCCGACCGGCCUUGGCGGCGGCAGGAGAGGGCUCGCACCGGCACGCCCCCGGAGCGGCUGUUCCGGCUGUUCCAAGGCCGGACAGUCCGGGACGUCGACCGGAGGGCGAGGGGCGCCUGCCUGCCGCUGCCGGCGGGUACGAGGCUGUGCGGCUGUGGGGCCGUGCGGGUCCACCAGAGCCACGACCGGGGGGCCCUGCACCGGAUACGAACGAGGGGUUCGCCCAACCCACCGCGACGGCAGCAGCGGCCGCCUAGCGGGGCAGCCCAGGCCAUGCUGGCCCGAGCGGCCCGGGAGACCGAGUUCGCGGAGUGGCUGCUCCAGGUGGCGACCGGCCACCCAAGCGCCGCUGCUGGAGCAGCGCCCCAAGAGCAGCCACCCGCGGGCCAGCCGACCGCAGAGCCCCCGGAGGGCCCAACGGACGGGGAUACGGAGGCGGCGGGUGCCGGGGAUACGGAGGCGGUGGGGGCCGCAGCGGCUGCAGCCGACGCCGGAGGAGAGGCGGUGGCAUCGGAGGUGCCGAGCGAAGACGCAGCACCGCUGGACAUGGAGGCCGAAUUGUGGGCCAUGAUAUCCGAAUAA